CCGCGGCAUUGCGGCUCCGCCCCAGGCUCCGCCCGCUUCCGGCGCUGCCGCCGCUGAGGGAGGGAAGGGCGGAGGGAGGAGCCGCCCCGCCGCCCCCUGCCCCGGGCCAGCCCCGGGGAUGGUGUUGGCCGCGGGAGCCGGACCCUGACGCCGCACUCAGAUUGAAGACAGCAGUAAUGCUAACUCUGGCAAGCAAGUUGAAGCGGGAUGAUGGUGUCAGAGGACCCCGUGCAUCCAAUCCAGCUUCUGAUUCAACUCGGAGGGUGUCUGUUCGAGAUAAAUUACUUGUUAAAGAGGUUGCAGAACUUGAAGCUAAUUUACCUUGUACAUGUAAAGUGAAUUUUCCUGACCCAAACAAGCUUCACUACUUUCAGCUAACUGUAAUCCCAGAUGAGGGCUAUUACCAAGGUGGAAAGUUUCAGUUUGAAAUCGAAGUUCCUGAUGCCUACAAUAUGGUGCCUCCAAAGGUAAAAUGCUUGACAAGAAUCUGGCAUCCAAACAUUACAGAGACGGGAGAAAUCUGCCUAAGUUUAUUGAGAGAACAUUCAAUUGAUGGCACUGGCUGGGCUCCAACUAGAACAUUAAAGGUGGAAACUGUGUUUUACCUGCUAGAGGAAUUUUGCGUGAACUUGCAGCAGUGUUAUAUGCAAGAUGAGAGGGGUGCAGGACAGGGAGAGGAAAUGCUGCAGUGAAGAGAGAAAGAAGCCGGGCUUCUUUGUAAGAGGCGAUGGAGGAAGGUGGAUGGAAGUGGAAACCCACGCUGAGCUGGCGCGCAGGCAGACAGGACAGCAGAGAGCUGCCUCAGGACACAGCCCUGCAGAGGCCUGACGUGCAGCAUGCUGAGGUUUUGGGUGUAAUUUCAAGCCUUUUUCCAAACGGUAAUGUACAAAGCUUGGCACUCGUUUCUGGAGUUAGUGCUUCUGUUUAAAAAAAAAAAAAAAAAUUAAAAAAAAAAGGAAAAAUCUCUUCAGACAUCUGCUUGUAUGAAUGACUGCUGUUCCUUUCACUGAUCUGAAUGGGUUAAAUUGUUUGUAUAUAAAAAAUGGUUUAGCAACGAGCUUUAAUUUAAUCAGUCUAUUAGAUCAGAAAGGCUCCUUGGAUCUCUAAAGAAAUUUCUUUGAUUGGAAGUUCAUUAGUU